AUGGCGACGACGAUGACGGGGGCGAUGACGCCGCGCGCGCGAUGCUUGGGUGGGACGCGAGCGAUGCGUGGGACGAAUGCCCCGCGAGGGCGUCGCGCGGGACCACCGCGUGGGACGGGUGGGACGUCGACGACGCGGGAGAGCGACGACGCGUCUCGCGCGGGGACGAACGGUGCGGAAGGGGGGGCUUGGGAGGGCGCGGGGGGGUCGGUGACGAACGGGGGGCGUGCGAGCGGGGGCGGGGGGAAGAAGAGCGCGCGGGGGGGGGAGCCGGACGUCGGACGCGCGGCGAGGUACAUGCGAGAGUUGAUUAAGAAUCAGGUGAACGCGAAUCACUUGGCGCGCGCGGGGUCGGUGACGGAUUCGUCCGUGCUCCGACGGAAAGGGCGGUUGAAGGAGCAGGACGCGCUGAUCGAGUUCAUUGUGGACCUGCACAAGACGCACACGACGGAGGAGGUUUUUCAAAAGGUCGAGGCGUGGAUCGACGAGGUCCUGGAGGUGCCGAAAGAGAAGCGACGGUUCAGUAAACUGUCGCGAAUGGUUCCUCAGGUUGGGUUCUUUUUUCAUCGUUUGCCCUUGGUGAAGGCGCUGCGAGAGUACGACGAGUUCUCGCAGCUCUCCAAGCGGAGAUACGUCUUGCCAAACUUCGCCGAGGUUCGUCACAUCUUGAACAUCGCGCAAGUGCAUGCGUCGAGCAAGGACGUGCGACUGGUUACUUUCGAUGCGGACGGGACUCUUUACGCGGACGGCAUGCACUUCGAGGAUGAUAACAAGAUGAUUGAAAGAAUCAUGCAGUUUAUGGAACUGGGCGUCCACGUCGCUAUCGUCACCGCGGCGGGUUAUCCGGGCGAACCCUCCAAGUUUGAGGGUCGACUCAAGGGUUUGGUGGACGCUUUCGCGGCGCAGAAGUUGCCGAAGGAAGUGCGCGAAAAAUUCCACGUCAUGGGAGGCGAGUGUAACUAUCUCUUGCGAGUGAAUGACGAUUACCGUCUGGAAUUCGUUCCCUCGUCAGAGUGGCACACGGAGCACAUGUAUGACUGGAGAGAUAACGAAGACGUUCGACAGUUCUUGGAUCGCGCGGAAGAUUUCUUGACCUCUUACGCGAAGCACUUGGGUGUCCAAGUCGACGUCUUGCGCAAGGAGUACGCGGUCGGUGUCAUUCCCCAGAGCGAUACCAUUUACGAAAACUUGGAAGAAAUCGCCUUGGCGUGUCAAGCCGAGCUGAGCGACUCGAAGAUUCCUUUCUGCGCUUUCAACGGCGGGAACGACGUUUUCGUUGACGUCGGUAACAAGCAUAUCGGUUUGCAAGCGCUCAUGAAGUAUUUGAACGUCGCGGGCUCGCAAACUUUGCACGUCGGUGAUCGCUUCACCCUCACGGGUAACGACGCCAAGGUGCGAGAAGCCGCAUCCAUUCUUUGGGUCGCGAGUCCGGACGAGACGACGUUCUUCAUGCGCUUGCUUUACCGUGAUAUUCUCAACGCAAGAAUUCUGUGA